GCAGGUCGCCUGUCUGGGGGUGGAAGUAUCGAGUCGCAGGAUGCCUUGGGUUGGAAGGGACCUUAAAGAUCAUCUAGUUCCAACCCGCAGCCGUGGCUAGGGGGAGACUACCUGCGAUGCUGCAGGUUCUGUUACCCUUUAUGUGCAUUUGUCAUUCUUGCUGCUUGUGUGGUCGCAUGUGUUGGCUUAGUCUGGAUGCAGGUGGCUCUCAAGGAGGAUUUGGAUGCAAUAAAGGAGAAGUUUCGAACCAUGGAAUCUAAUCAAAAGACAUCAUUCCAAGAAAUUCCUAAACUGAAUGAAGAUUUGGUGCAGAACCAAAAGCAGCUAGAGCAAAUUGAGACUGGAGAACUGGGGCUGAGUAAAAUUUGGAUAAAUAUCACAGAGAUCAAUAAACAGAUAUCAGUAUUGACCUCAACAGUAAAUCAUCUCAAAAACAAUAUAAAAUCUGCUGCUGACCUGAUUUCUCUUCCCCUCACAGUAGAGAAACUUCAGAAGACUGUGGCCAACAUAGGUAGCACCCUCACCAGUGUGGCUCAUGAUGUUGAAAAUAUACAGACAGCUAUUGAGGAAUACAAGAAAUCCAUAGAAAUACUCCAGAAUGAUGUGAAGGAAUUAAAACAGCUGCCUUCACUUCCCUCCACUGCUGUGCCAAGGACUGAGGGAAAUCAGACAGAAUACUGCAAAAAGGAAAGCCAGGCACUUCAUGCAGCUUUGGAGCAGCUAAAUAAUACUGUAGUGGUGUACCAAAAGUUGAAUGACAUCAAGCUUCUAAAUGUGGAUGCAGCCAUUGGCAACCUCAGCCGGAAAGUUACACUCUUGGAAAACUCUCCCCUGGUUGUGAAAAAUCUGGACAGAAGAGAGAACUCGUCUACCAUGGUGGAAGCGGGAACUAGAGAUUCUCAGGUAUCAAAACUAAAAGAGACUCUUCAGAUGAUCAGUGCUCUCACAAGCAAGUCAGAAAAUGACAUACCCAUUGAGGCACAAAAGAAUGCAGUUGAAAAUAGUCAGAGUACUACAGCAAAGCCCACAGACCUUUCAAGGGUGGCUUCAAGGUCAGCUGAUGACAACACAGAGAGAAACGGGCAGCUGAGCCAUCUGUCCUUACCAGGAAUUUCCAGCAUUGAAGAUCUUCAGAAACUUUUUGAAAAAGCAGAUGCUGAUGGAAAACUCUCACACAAAGCUCUUCAAAAGCUGUUUGGCUCCACAGCCCAAGAAUCCCAGAGCUUUAAGGAGUUUGACACAGAUGGAGAUGAGAAAUACACACUAAAAGAACUGAGAUUAGCAUUAGGUGUAUAGGAUAUACAUUUAGAAAUGUGAUAUUGGUGGAUGUUAUUGUAGCUAAAGGAAGCUACAGGACAUAAAAUUACAGCUGCACUUUCAGUGUUUUACUGAUCUUUGGAGCUAAAUUACUGUACACAUUGCCACCUCUUUUUUCAGUUGCAUUUAUUGAAAAGUAAUUUACAAAUUUAUAUGUCGAUAGGACAUAAUAUUGGGACUUUGUUAAAAUCCAGAAAAUUCCCAAACUUGGAAACAUUUUCCUCUCAUUAUUUCCUUUUCAAGGAAGUUAUUGGUUAUAAUUUAAAAUGUGUACAUACUAAAAUAAAACUAUGGUUUUAUAUUUCACUGAAAUUUGCCUUAAAUUAGAGAGCUGCACUUUAUGUAGAGCAGAAGAAAAAUCUGUCUUAUGAAGAUGGGCUGCUUCUGCUUGUAAAUAUGAGAUAGAGUAAAUUAUGCAUAUUUAAGGAGAAGUUGUGUCAGGGGCUGUGUUGGUAGUUAGCAGUUUAUAAUGAGAGGCUGAGCCUGGAAUGGGAGUUUAAGAGCUUCAGCUAAAUUUCUGAUUUUUACUAAGAAUAUCAGUGAAUAAAUUUGGCCUCAGUCAGAAGAAGGCAGGAGGGGUAAGUCAUGCCCAUCUAUAGCAGGAUGUAUUUUUAAAGGGAAGAGUUGAAAGUGUUUUUAUAUCAUGAGCCUACAGGAGCAAUUAACUUGCCAAGUGCUUGGGUUUUCACUUCAGCAUUCUUUAGGCUUUGCUGUAUUGCAUUCAGAUUAUAUUUUGUGAGAUGAGCCUGUCUAUUUAUUUUUUUUAAAUGAACAUAUUGAAUAGCUUUAAUAGAUGCUUAAGAGGUAAAAGCCUACAGUGCAGCCUGCUGAGCAGCACCUGAGCAGUUCCUGCCUCAGCAGUGCUCUGAUACACUCCAGGAGUGUGAGCAGGUGGGAAGGCCCAGAGAAGACUUGUGAGCUCUUUCCUGGCUAUUGUGACCGUAAUCCCUUCUUGGUACCUUUAUUUUUUGUCUUCUUGCCAACAGAAGGAUGUAAAAAGCUGUGUAGACAUGUGCAAUGGCAUCAUCAUUCUGUACUGACACAUGGUUUGUAAGUGAGGUUUCCUUACUAGAGGAACUUAAAGAUCUGUUCAUAGUAGUGGAUCUAAACACAGAGUAUAUUUAUUACCUUCUGGAACAUAGAAAAAUUAUUUUUGCAGAGGGGAUUCUCUCUUGCAGACUAGAUCAGGGCCAAGUUUGGUAAUUUUGCUCACAAAUAUCACUGAUCUUGUUAUGAGUUUCUUGCAUGAUUAGUGAGUUGAAGUUGCCUACCUUGCUGAAACAUCAGCUUACAAGGAAGUCCGUUCAUAAUUGUUGAUUUUUAUAUAACUUUAGACUGGAUGUUUUAUCAGUAAUUGUAUUUUGGAAGUAUGAAUCAGCAAAGGAA